UCAACACACAUAUAACAGUAACAAUGAUGCCACUCACUGUGUGCCAGGCACCGGGAUAUGCUCUUUGCACGCAUUAUCUCACUUCCCCUCACAACCACCCUAGGAGCUGGGUACUGCGCCCAUUUUACAGACGAGGAGACUGAGGCACAGAGAGGUGAAGUAAUUGACUGAGACCAUACGAUUAGCAAGUGAGAGGGCCAGGGUGUGAACUCAAGUGCCAAGCCCUGCCCCUGCUUGGGGAGGAUUCAUGGAUACAGUGGCUCCCUUCAGAAGGGCUCAAGCUCCCCUGGUGGCCACUGGCUACUGACCUUGGCUGUUUGGUGGCCAUUGGGCUUCAGCCUUUUCUGGAGGCCAAUUCAAUGGACUAGAACUCAACGAGGAUUCUACAGUACCUGCGACUACCCGGCACAGGAGUCCUGGGGUGAAGGAGGUCACAGCGGAGCGGGGAGGCUGCCUGCGAGGUGUGGAAAGCAUCUGCCUCCUGCAGCAGGAGGCCUGAUUGUCAGUCUCCACUUCCCCCACACUGGCUGUGUGACCCUGGGCAAGGCCCCUACCUCUCUGUGCCUUAGACACCUGCCUCAUCAGUAAAAUGGGAAACAUAAAGCCUGAGGAGAAUACAGUGAGGAAAGUGCUUGGUAAACCAUAAACGCAGGGGGUUUUCCCCAUGAUGAAAGUCUUGCCCCGUCCUUAAGGAUCCUGCAUGUGCCGUGGUAAACUGGCAAGGAAACAAUCCGAGAGCCAGGCCAAAUGGUGGUAGGAGGAAGUGCCGGGGCGGCAGGGAAGGGGACAUUAGUUGGGGAUGACUGAAGCCCUUCCGACUGAGGUGUAACCUGCAGGGUGCACGUUGAUACGUGAAUAGGAUGACAGAUGAACGGCCCUUCUGGAGGAUCUACUGCUGGUCAGCUUCAGCGGUGCUCCAGGGAUGUGGUGGGGGAGCAGUGGGCCAGGCUCCUAGGGACCACUGCAGGAAAGCCUCCAGUACCACAUAAGGAACACCAGCUGCAGCGGCGGCAUCCAUGCUGGCUGGUGCGGUGGGCCCUGCCUAGGCUGGGGGCUACUGUGGGACACUGUCCCCAGAAGCUCCCAAGUACAGUGUACACUGAACAGAUUGUGCAACUUCCACUUCCCUGUUCCCACCGCCCCAGCUGUAGCUUCCCCAGCUGGCAGAACAGCACCACUGCUGACCCAUCCCAGCCCUUCUCUUUGGAAAUUUCCUUUGGGAGGGUUUGGAAACUCAGCCAGCUCCUCCCUGCCCCUGCCUCCCCACACACAUCCUCACCCUGCAGAAGGAGCCCCUCCAUCUACACUGCAGCUUUUCUUGUGACCAGGGCGGCAGCCCCAAGGGGGACGUGGACCCGUUCUACUAUGACUAUGAGACUGUCCGCAAUGGGGGCCUGAUCUUCGCUGGACUGGCCUUCAUCGUGGGGCUCCUCAUCCUCCUCAG